UUUUCUUUUUGCUGUUCUGUAUUACAGUGGUUCUGGCAGGCAGUCCUCUCCUGACACUGUUUACAGCACAUGAUAUUUGAUUCAGUCUCUUUUUAAAUCUGCGUAGGGAAUUAAAGACAGCAGCAUCAAACAGAGGUUCAGUGUAAAUAGAAACCAUGCACCUACAAUUCAUUCCAAUACUAGGGCUGCUUCUUAUGGGCAGUGUACUCUCCCAAUAUGGUAACUAUGAUUAUGGUUCACCAGAUGAUUACUAUUCAAGCUUAGCUAUGGGACCUUCUACUGCUAACUGUGCACCCGAAUGUAACUGUCCAGCAAACUACCCUUCAGCAAUGUAUUGUGACAAUCUUAAAUUAAAGAAAAUUCCAAUGGUCCCUUCCGGCAUUCAGUAUUUGUAUCUCCAGAACAACAUGAUUGAGGGCAUAGAUAAUGAUGCAUUUCAAAAUGUGACUGAUCUUAAAUGGCUCAUUCUGGACCACAAUCAUCUGACCAAUGCUAAUAUUAAGAAAAAUGCAUUCUCCAAGCUAAAGGAGCUACAGAAACUUUAUAUAAGUUUCAACAAUCUCACUGAACUUGUGGGGCCACUACCAAAGACCAUGGAUGACCUGCGUGUAACCAACAACAAGCUUACAAAGAUUACCCCCAACAUUUUAGAAGGUUUAGAGAACCUUACUGUUGUCCAUCUACAACACAACAAAUUGAAAGAAGACUCAAUUUCUGGUGCAUUUAAAGGCCUAAAAUCACUUUUGUACCUUGAUCUAAGCUAUAAUGAGCUCACAAAAGUACCUAUGGGACUUCCACCAAGCAUAAGCAUGCUUUAUUUUGACAACAAUAAAAUCAGCAACAUUCCUGAUGAAUAUUUCCAAGGUUUCAAGGCACUACAGUAUCUUCGCCUGUCCAACAAUGAGCUCAAAGAUGCUGGAGUACCUGGAAAUGCUUUCAAUAUCUCAACCCUUCUUGAGCUGGAUCUUUCAUUCAAUUCACUUUCAACUGUUCCGGCGGUAAAUGAAGGCCUGGAAAAUCUCUAUCUGCAAGUCAACAAAAUCCAAAAAAUAACCGUAGCCAGCUUUUGUAAAGUUAUCGGCCCACUGGACUACUCCAAGAUCAAACAUCUGCGCUUGGAUGGAAACAACAUCACCCGAUCUGAAAUCCCCAAUGAAUUUCACAACUGUCUCCGCUUAGCUUCAGAGAUUGAUGUGUAAAAUGAAAGAUUUGCUUAAACAGUGGUUCUCAAGCUGAUUAUUCAUUCUUUCUUUCAUUCACUCGUCAUUCACUCAUUCAAAUCCAUUCAAAUAUACAACAUAUUAAAAAUUGAAUCCUCACAUUUUUGUGCCAGAUUAAAUGCAUGUGGUCCAAUUGUAAAGAUUUAAGGCAAAGAUUAAAGAUCAUUAAAAAAAAAGAAUAUUUAACUAACCUAUAGCACAUGAU